ACAGCGAGGGCAUUUCAACGAUGUCUACACAAUUAUUUCCUAAUGGUUGCAAGUAGGCAGGGCUUGCGGAGGAUGAGCGCCGUUGGUGAACACCAUGGUCCGUUGCUCACCCUCAAUGAUCUACCUGUGCCCAAGGGAUCGUGGUCGGUGGCAAAUGCCAAGAGGCAAUCAAAAAUGAACAUGCAGCUUAUAAGCUCUGUCGUGGCUUUCUCCCUAACUGUAGGCUAUAUGAUAAUGGAGAACAUUGUCUACUUGAACCCACCUCCGAGGAUGACCAACCCACCUCUGGACAUUUUGAAGUCCUAACUACUCCAUCCAAUAGGCGACUACAACCUGCCAGCAUCUUCUUCUUGAUGCUGGUAUAGUUAAAGUAAAUGUUAUGUAUUCACGUUAAAGUGAGACAUUGUUAAUUAGUCGUGUUUGACGUUUAAAGCAGUAAGAAAUGUGCCACAUAGUUGUAAACAUUCACAUGUGCUAAUGGCAGUAUGCACGCACAGUAUGAUUAAAAUGUGAUAUCUGAAAUAGCUUGGUUGUAGUAUAUGGUAAUUUAUCUCUGACAAUUCCUGAUGUUUAUUUGCUCACGAGGAGCACUCACUCAUUCAAGAAACAUUGCAACAGUUAUGUUUAUGGAUGCAGGAUUAAUAAACAAAUACAAAAUUAUGUAUAGGGUU